CUAUAUCACUCCCCCAUCUAAUCAGAUUCUAGAGAGAGAAACCCUUCCAUUACAGUAGAGAGAGAAAAUUAUAAACACUCUCACUAAAAAAAUGGCGAAAUUGCUGCUAGUUGUACUCUUCGCUGUUUGCGUCGUACCAUCCAUUGUCACCGCCCAUAUCGCCGGUGACUCCCUUCUGCUUCAAGGUAGCACGUACUGCGAUGCUUGCCGUUGCGGCUACGAAACCUCUGCCUCUAAGCCCGUCGCCGGUGCGGUUGUUGGACUCGAAUGCAGGAGCAGGACCACAUCGGAACUAACCUACUCCGACGAAACUGUGACAGAUUCCGCCGGAAAGUACAAAUUCUUGGUGCAGAGCGACCGGGGUGACGACUUCUGUGAUGUCUUUCUAUCGAAAAGUUCCGACCCGGAAUGCAGUGAACCUAACGUGGGGCGUGACAGAGCUCGCGUUAUUCUCACCCGCAACAACGGUAUGGAUUCGAACACCCGUUUUGCAAACGCUAUGGGUUUCCUAGCAAACACUCCUCUGGCCAGCUGUCAAGAGAUCCUCAAGCAGUAUCAAGAAUCUGAGGAUUGAAAUGUGAAGAAAAAUAAUUGAGAUUUGUUGUUAGCGCUUUUUUAUUACAUAUUUAUUAUUGAUUAUAGAACCUUAUUUGUCGGUUGUUAUUAUCGUCGUAUUAUUAACACACUCUAUAAUGUUGUCGUUGCAACUUACCAUGUUUCUAAAUUUAUGCUUGUCUUGUUAAGUACAUUUUAGUUGAAUUUACGUGAGGUUAAGUGUUACAAUGUAUGAAUUUUUAUCUUACAUUUGUUGAAUAGAAGGAUAGGGUGUGAUUUAUGCACCCAAUCAGUUAAUUU